AUGAAGGUUUGGCUAUAUUACUCUACGAACAAUGGCCGGGAGAAGAAUCUUGUCCUUUCCCCUGAUGCCCGAACUCCAGGAUCCCCGCGCAGUGGUCAGCUGCUCAUUAGGGUGCUCUCCACGGCUAUCAACCCAGCAGACUACAAGGCCCCUGCCAUGAGCACCGUUUUCGGAAAAGUUCUCAUUACGACUACACCUGCCAGCGCCGGAAUGGACUUUUGUGGACGGGUCGUCGCUGUAGGGUCAGAUCCUGCUUCACAGCAGUUUACCCCAGGCCAGCUAGUCUUUGGCUGUCUCGGCAUUCCACGGCAGUUUGGGACCCUCGGAGAAUAUAUACUCGCAAGUCCUGACAAUACUGCUCCGUUGCCACUAGGAGUAGAUCCCGAUUCUGCUGCUACGAUUGGAGUUGCGGGGCGGUCGUCGUACCAAUCCAUUAUGCCGUAUGUAUCCACUCCCGGCAGCAGGGUGUUCAUCAACGGCAGAUCCGGGGAUGUGCUAGGGUGUCAUGUUACAGUGACCUGUUCCACACGCAACAUACAGUUCUGUCGCGACCUCGGUGCGGAUGAGGUAAUCGAUUAUACCACACAGAAUGUGUUGGAAGUUCUCAAGGCACAGGGACAGACAUUUGAUCAUGUUGUGGAUCACAUUGGAUGGCCGGAGGCUCUUUAUCAGGACUGCCACACAUUCUUGAAGCCUGGAAAAGAUUUUGUCCAGGUCGGGGCCUCAUCAGUUGCCACGUUCGCUCACCGGCUUGUCCGCCCCUCGCUUCUCGGAGGUGGCAAGAGGAAAUACGUGGCGUUGCUUAUGAAGAACCAUAAGGACGAGUUAUUGGAUACAGUGUAUGAAUUUGAGGACACUAUCAGGGCAUUUGAGAAACUACGCUCGGGAAGGACAAGAGGCAAAAUUGUCAUCCAUGUCACAAGAGGAGGUGACAGUGAGACUGCCCAACUUUACAGCACCAUAAACAGCAGCAACUUGGUCGGAAUGCAUUCCCCAUGA